UCCCCGCCCGGAAGUGAUUGGUUGGCAUAGGCAACGUUUUGGUCUAUUUUAACGGGGUUCUCUGUCUCUGAAUACAAAAAUUAAAGGGAAUAAUUCCUCAAAGGACUUCAAAACCUUUUCAUCCUUUAAACCCACUCACCCCAAGUGGAGCGAGGAGCAAGUAGUACAAACUGCAAACAGGAUGACCAGCUCAUCUGCUCCCAGGAUGGUGAACAGUUACAAGAGGACUUCAAGCCCCAGAUCACCGACUAACAGUGGAGAGCUUUUCACCCCGGCUCAUGAGGAAAAUGUGCGCUUUAUACAUGAUACCUGGCAGUGUGUGCUCAGAGAUAUCAGAUCAACACAAAAUAGUGAACGUAACGACCGUGGACCACAGGAGUAUGUGGAGAAGAACCCGAAUCCUAACCUACAUUCUUUCACACCAGUGGACCUGAGUGACCUCAAAAAGCGCAACACACAGGACUCCAAAAAAUCUUAGUGUUUCCUGUGAUGCACUCAUCACUUUUUUUCUCCAUCCAUUAUCCUUAAGAACUUUUCAUUUAUCUGCUCUGUUACAGCCAGGAAAAUAAUGCAGAAUCUCAUUUCUCUACUAUGGACCAUAGCAACCCCUAUCUUUUUUUUACCCUCUCCAACUAAGAAGGAUAAAAACAACUGGAAAUUCAAGGGGCACAAAUACUCCUCCUUUUUUUAUUUUUUUUUUAUUUUUUGUUCUCAGAGGCUAUCAAAGUCUACAUAUUACAUACUUAGUAUGAAUGGGACUGAUUGAUCUGUUGCUGAGGCACAAACUGAGGCCCAAUGGGACACAGAAGACUGAAGUCUUAAACAAAAGAGUAGUACUACUUAAAUGACUUUUGAGACAAUUGUAAAAGGGCUGACUUGUUUGUUUGUAAGUAAAUUGCUAAGUCAUAGUUGUUAUUGAGCAGUCACAUUGGACACAAACAAUUAGGAAAGUUUUGGAAGCCAAAAUACAAUACAGGCCACCAUUUUUAUUACUUUUUUUUGUUGUUGUUUUGUUUUUGUUAUAUUUUUUUGCCCUUGGUGGACUUUAUUGCCUAGAGAAUGAAAGGAUGCAGCCCUUGGUUAACCCCUAUCCUUAAAGCCUUGACACAAAAUGUUGAAUAAAAGACUUUUACAAUAUGUUUUUGGUUUUGGAACAUUGUUAAUAACAAUCUAAAGCUGCAUCACUUUUUGAUUUACUCGUCAAAGAAUGGAAAUAAAGCAAUAAAUGUGUUACA